AUGGCGACGGAAACAGUGGUCAGGACAAGGGUAAAGCCAGGCAAAAAUGAAAACCUGGCCCCCGAAAGCGUCCGCUUUAUGCAAGCAUGUAACGACAUUGCCCGAGCCCUGAUUCAAGAGUACGAGGCCAGCCUUGAUGACAGCAAACCGAAGAAAGAUAUCAAUCUCAAUCGACUGCGAGGAGAUGUCGCACGAAAACAUAAACUCAGCAAUCAGCCCCCAUUGACUGGGAUCUUGUCAGCUGUGCCCGAGAAUUACAAAAAGGCUCUUUUGCCCAAAUUGAUAGCAAAGCCAGUACGCAGCGCAAGUGGAAUUGUUGUGGUUGCAGUAAUGAGUAAACCACAUCGUUGCCCGCAUAUCGCAUGGACUGGGCAUGCUUGUGUUUACUGCCCUGGGGGUCCAGACUCCGACUUUGAAUAUUCGACGCAAUCCUACACUGGAUACGAACCUACCUCGAUGCGAGCAAUCCGUGCACGAUAUGAUCCCUUCGAACAGGCGCGAGGCAGAAUCGACCAGCUCAAGUCUCUCGGACAUAGCGUGGAUAAGGUUGAGUUCAUUCUCAUGGGAGGCACCUUUAUGUCACUUGAUAAGGCAUAUCGUGAUAACUUUGUUGCUCAACUCCACAAUGCAUUAUCUGGGUAUCAGACCGAAAACGUCGAUGAGGCAGUCGCUGCAGGUGAAAUGUCAACGAUCAAAUGUGUAGGUUUGACGAUUGAAACACGUCCAGACUUUGGACAGAUCGACCAUCUCUCAGAUAUGCUCAGAUACGGCUGCACGCGACUUGAGCUUGGUGUCCAGUCGUUGUAUGAAGACGUGGCGAGAGAUUCCAACAGAGGGCACACUGUGGCGGCAGUGGUGGAAUCUUUCAAGUUCUGCAAGGAUGCUGGUUUCAAAGUUGUCUCUCAUAUGAUGCCCGACUUGCCUAAUGUUGGUAUGGAGCGUGAUAUUUUCCAGUUUGAGGAGUAUUUCGAGAACCCAGAUUUCAGAACGGAUGGAUUGAAGAUAUAUCCCACUCUCGUUAUCCGAGGUACAGGCCUCUAUGAACUUUGGCGGACGGGUCGAUUCAAGAACUACACUCCAAAUGCGCUUGUUGACCUGGUCGCAAGGAUCCUGGCGCUUGUCCCGCCCUGGACCAGAAUUUACAGAGUACAACGAGACAUCCCUAUGCCUCUCGUCACCUCGGGCGUUGAGAACGGUAACCUCAGAGAAUUAGCACUUUCCCGGAUGAAAGACUUCGGAACCACCUGUCGAGAUAUUCGAACUCGCGAAGUCGGAAUCAACGAAGUGAAGAACAAAAUCCGCCCAUCACAAGUCGAACUUGUCCGCAGGGACUACAUGGCCAAUGAUGGCUGGGAGACAUUCCUUGCAUACGAAGACCCCAAACAAGAUAUUCUCAUUGGCAUGCUGAGAUUAAGAAAGUGCACUGCCGAAUAUACCUUCCGACCGGAACUUACUGGACGACCAACAAGUAUUGUCCGCGAACUCCAUGUCUAUGGCCUUGCCGUGCCUAUCCAUGGACGCGAAAAGAGCAGGUUUCAACAUCAGGGCUACGGUACACUCCUCAUGAAAGAAGCCGAACGCAUCGCCAGAGACGAGCACGGCAGUGAAAAGCUCAGCGUCAUCAGCGGUGUGGGCGUCAGAAGCUACUAUGAGCGCCUUGGCUACACGUUGGAUGGACCUUAUAUGAGCAAGAUUCUCAAUUUUGACGACGACGAACCUGAGGUCUGAUAGAGGAUAAUGCUUCGUAAGGCUACAACAACAUGCGACAAGCUCUCAACGCUCCGACCUGAGGCGUCUCGGACGAAGAAGGCUUCAGAAAGCUCAAAAAUACAGACAGGAAGGUGUCAUCUCUCGAGUUUUCGGCAGCAAAACAAUACUCCCGAGUCCUAGCCACCUCGGGGAUACGGCUUGAC